GGUCCCCCGAGUGUGUAAUUUUUGGUCCUCGUGGAUUAGUCCACAGCACUCUGGCACCUGCUGCAGACAGGACAGCUUUUCUGCACCAAGAAUGGAAGAGGAAGGGAUGUUUUCAUCAGCCGAAGAGAGCUCCCAGCCUAGUGGAGGCCACCCGGAGGUUCAUGGUACCAGCGUGGACAUCUGUUCUCCUGUGCCGGAGACUCAAGAUGAGAAAGCCGUGUCACCCGCGGGUGCCGAGGAUACCGUGCUGAUACGUGGGCCCGUGACGCUCAAAAGAGGGUGGAGGAGGAAGAAGCACCAAGUCUUCUUGUACAGUAAUGUGUUGCUUGUGUCUAAUUCCAAGUAUAAGAAAACCAUUGAUGUUAAAUAUGAAAUACCACUGAGCUCCCUGUGGAUGGCUGACUGUGGAACGGAAACACAGGGGGCAGGCGAUACCUGUGCCAAGAGAUCCUUUCUCCUAGGCUGGCCCAUGGUGAAUUUUGUGGCCACUUUUGACUCGUCAGUGGUGAAAGAAAGAUGGUACUCUUUCCUUCAAAGGUACAUCAAUCUAGCCAAGGAGGAGGACCACACACAAAGCAUCCUCAUCCAAGUCUUCACUGAGGAUAUCAAGAACUGUGCCUGUUCUAUAAUUAUAACAGUGACCAAUUUGGACACAGUGAAUGAUGUUGUCAACGUAUCACUACCAAUGCUGGGAUUAACUGGCUCUGAGAAAGAUUACCAGCUAUGGGUCAGUUCUGGAAAGAAGGAGGUCCCACAACCACUCAUUGGGCAUGAAAAUCCCUAUGCAAUCCAAACAAGCUACCUUCGAGCUGUGCGCCUGCCGCCUGAACCCGGGAAGUCUACCUUUCCUUCUGGCCUCCAGGAGUCUGUGUUGGAAGAGUUGCAAUCAGAAGUACAUGGGUGCUUCAUUCUGAAGCCCAGGCUCCAGGCCAGAGCCCAGCGCAGGACUGAUUGGCUCAGAAACUUGCUGUUUAGGUGGGGCAUCAUACGAAGCCAGGAUGACCCACCCCCCGAGCCUGCUGCAGCAGCUCCUUUGUCAGGACCGGCCUGUGCAGCCUCACUCAUGGCUCUGUCUGAGGAUGAUAACCUGGCCAGCCCACUUUCAGAUAUGCUUUCCUUUAUCCAUGAAAGAGGGCCACAGACAGAGGGAAUCUUCAGGAAACCAGGCAGUGUAACAUCCUAUAGAGCACUAAAAGAAAAAAUAAAUGCUGGAGACACAGUGGAUUGGGACAGUGAAUCUGCUCUUGUGGCAGCCACUGUCUUACAGGACUUCCUGCGAACUAUCCCAGGAACUGUAUUUUCAGCCAACCUGUACGAUCAGUGGCUUGAUGUUCUUGAGGAAGAGAAUGAGGAAAAAGUACCUGCUAUUCAGAGGCUCUUGAAUCAGCUGCCCAAAGCCAAUUUUAUUCUCCUGAGAGGCCUGUUUGCGUCCUUAGAUAAGAUUGCCCAGCAUUCCUCAUUCAGUCCAAUGGCAGCAUCAGACUUGUCACUGUGUAUCGCCCCAAGAAUUCUUUCCCUCUGGCGAUCAACUUCCAGAAGCUCCGAACUGGAAGAGGAAUUAAGGAAAAAGAUUUCACUUAUACACUUUCUGAUCCAAAACUACCUUGAGAUAUUUGAGGAUGAGACUACUUCCAUCUGGAGAGUGAGCUCCCUGAGUUCUCACAACAGCUUUGGAGAGAGCGCUCUGAGUGUCAGCAACCUCGGGGAGAGUAAGGACAGCUUGGAAACAACGGAGCAUUCUCUUGAAUGCCAGCCUGUAGACAUGACAACGUUUAAAACAAAGGAAGGACUGAUGGGUGACUCCAAGUCCAUGCUUGAUCCUCACGUGAAGCCAACUCAAAGAGGGCAUUCUCGUAGAAAGUGGCUGUUUUGGCAGGGCCAUUACAGAAGAUUGGACAACCUGACCCAAGAGCCUGCCCAGCCCACACCCCAACCAGUUCAGCUCUUCGGAUCUCUCAUUCAAGAUGUUUGUGAGAAUGACAACCUGCCAAAAACUCUUGUGGAUAUGCUUUUUUUAAUUGAUCAGAAAGGUCCACGCACAGAGGGCAUAUUCAGGAAACGUGGCAAUUGGAAAUCAUGUGUAGCCCUAAAGGAGAAACUGAAUUCUGGGCACCAGGUGGACUGGAAGAGACAAUCUGCUUUUGUUGUUGCAACUACCUUAAUGGAUUUUCUUCAAAACAUCCCUGCAAGCCUGUUUACUGGUUCCCUCUAUGAUAACUGGCUUCAUGUUCUGGAUGAAGGAGAUGAGGAGGCUAAAAUAGCAGCGAUUCGGAGACUUUUAAACCUGCUGCCAAAACCCAACGUUAAUCUCCUACGAUCCCUGUUUGGAUCCUUAUUCAAGAUUGCGCAACAUUCAUCAUCCUUUCAGAAGACAAGUUUUGACCUGUCGUUGUGUAUAGCAGCAAGCCUUCUUUGGCCACCUAUUCCCAAUAGUGCAGAACGAAACACAGAAUGGCAGAGAAAGGUUGGUCUUGUGCAAUUUUUGAUUGAACAUUGCUUCAGGAUUUUUGGAAAAGAUGUUACCUCCCCCAUAAGAGAAAAUGCAGCGCAUCAGGACAACUGCCAAGGAGCUUCAGAUCCUCAUGUGCAGCCAGCUCAAAGAAGGCGUCCUCUUAGAAAGUGGCUGUUUCAGCGAGGCCCUUCCAGGUCCUGGGAAGAUCCUCCUCAGGAACCUGCUCUGCCUGUCACACAGCCAGUGCAGCUCUUUGGAUCUCUCAUUCAAGAUGUCUGUGAGAAUGACAACCUGCCCAAACCUCUUGUAGAUAUGCUUCUUUGUAUUGAGCAGAAAGGUCUGCACACAGAGGGUAUCUUUAAAAAGUGUGGCAAUGGAAAAUCAUGUAGAGCCCUAAAGGAUAAAUUAAAUUCUGGACACCAGGUAGACUGGGAGAAUGAAUCUGCUGUUGUUGUUGCAACUACUUUAAAGGAUUUUCUUCAAAAUAUUCCAGCAAGUCUGUUUACGGGCUACCUCUAUGAUAACUGGCUUCAUGUUCUGGACGAAGGGAGCGAGAAGGCUAAAAUAGUGGCAAUUCAGAGGCUUUUAGACGAGCUGCCAAAACCCAACGUUAAUCUCUUGCGUUCCCUGUUUGGACUUUUAGACAAGAUUGCACAAAACUCAUCAUCCAAUCAUAUGACGACCUCUGACUUGUCGUUUUGUAUAGCCCCAAGCCUUUUUUGGCUACCUAAUUACAGCAACUCAGCACAAAGAGUGGAACGAAAGAAAAAGAUUGCUGUUGUAAAAUUUCUGAUUGAGCAUUUCUGCAGGAUUUUUGAGGAAGAUGUCAUCUCCCCCAUCAGAGAAAAUGCAAUAAAUCAGGACAACUGCCAAGAAGUUUCAGAUUUUACUAUUUGGCCGGAAACUCCACAACACAGUUGAACAGAAGGCAUUCCUAUUUUGUGCUGAAUUUGACAACUCUGUGCGAUGUAUGCAUGUAAGAAAACAUUCUUUUAGUCACAUAUUUCCAAGAACAAGAAUGGAGUCUCAGCCAUUUUUCAUUCAACAACAAAUAUGUAAUGGGUACUAUAUCUCAGGAAUUGUCCCAAGUCCUGAGACUACAGUGAGGAUGAAGUACAUGCUACCACAGAGCCAAGGGGAGGCAGACGAGAACCAACUAAACAGGAAUACUGAUACACUCAGCACUUGGGAUAUACUGUGUAUGUGAAAGUAACUGCAAUAAAUGUUUCCUUAUACCUGUA